CCCUCUUAAGCAGCGAGUCCGGCAGGCGCUUCACCAGAGAAGACAGGAUGAAGGCGGCGGAGAAGCAGAAAGAAGUUCUUGUCAAGUCUCCGAGUAAGAAAGAGAAGGAUCAGAGCUGGAUCCCCAACAUCAUCAAGAAGCGAGUGUGCACCGCUUUUGUUGAAGACUCGUCCAGUGAUGGAGAGCUGUGUCUUUGUGGUGGCGUGCGGAACUUGCAUAACACUUUCCCUGAGGAGAAAGAAGAGACCGAGGAGUCCCCGGAUGCUGUCCACCUGUGGGACAGUAGCAAGCACACCACAGAGUGUCCCACCGAUGCCUUCGGAGAGCUCGAGUUUGCUGGCGCCAGUUGCAGGCACAGUUAUUUUCUGCGGUUAUCAUGUGACACACCACCUCAAAAAAUCUACACCCUGCUGACCACACACUGGCGAUUGCCCUCACCCAAUUUGGUGGUGUCAGUGGUGGGAGGCGAAGGACGUGAGACGAUCAAAACAUGGGUGAGAGAUGUCCUGAGGAAUGGGCUGGUUCGAGUUGCACAGAGUACAGGGGCCUGGAUCUUUACGGGCGGUCUACGAGAAGGCGUGGCUCGCUGUGUCGGCGAGGCGGUGAGGGAUCACAGCGCUGCAGCUUCGAAGCUCUCCAAGAAGAAAGUCAUAGCCGUGGGAAUCGCACCCUGGGGCAUUGUUUUCGACAGACAACAGCUCGUUAAUGCAGAGGGAAGCUUCCCUGCUCGCUACUACGUCCAGAACACGGCACAUGACUCGUGUCUCCUGGACAACAACCAUCAAGCUUUCUUGCUGGUGGAUGAUGGGAGUAGCGGCCGAAGAGGAGGAGAGACAGCCUUUCGUGCAGGUCUGGAAGGUCAUAUCUCUCACCAGCGCACUGGCAUUCUGGGUAGUGGCAGCAUUGAAAUCCCAGUGCUGUGUAUGCUCAUCUCAGGAGACGCCAGCAUGCUGAAAAGACUAGAGAAUUCUUUGAAUAAAUCCACUCCCUGGCUUGUCCUUGCCAACACUGGUCCAGCUGCAAACCUGAUCAGUGAGCUUCUAAUGACUCUUCCUUGCAUCGCAAUAAGCCCCUCUUCAUUCGAGGCGGGUGAUAUGGACUGUAUCUGCAUGGACAUCCGUGACAGGAUCCACGACAAGAUCCAGAAACACUUUCCAAAUGAAAGUGACCAGGACAAACUGGUGGACAGCGCUCUGACUAUUCUUUUUAACAGAGAGCUCAUCACUGUGUUCCACGCGGAGCAGGGACUUGAUGAAUUUGAUAAUGUACUCCUCAAAGCCCUUGUUCGAGCUAGCAAACGUUUGUCCAGCGACGCCAGUGAGUACACUGAAGAGUUGAAACUGGCUGUGGCCUGGAACCGAGUGGACAUCGCCAAGACAGAACUCUUCACCGGGAACAUACUGUGGAAGUACGAUGACCUGGAAGGUUCAAUGACAGAUGCUCUCGUCAACGACAAGCCUCAGUUUGUGCGGCUCUUCUGUGAAAACGGUCUGAAUAUUUUGGACUACCUGACAUACCAGCGCUUGGAGAGUUUGUAUCGCUCGCUCUCGGACAGCUGCGUGGCCUACGUUCUACUGCAGAGGCGCCUGAGUGACCGUCUGAGUCUGGAUGGAUCUCGACCCAGUCUGAACGGAGUCAUAGGGGCACCGCGCUUGAGCACACAGAGUGCAACAUCCGGACCUGCUUCAGGGAAUGACCUCAGCUUGUUUGAGGUAUCACGUGUUCUGUGGGACCUGCUGGGAGAUGUCUGUCAGCCUUUCUACUAUGAGCCCCUUGGUCUGGACUUCAAGAUCGGCUCUUCAAAGGCCCUCAGACAAGUCAACAAGAUGCUGCAUGGGGGCAAUUGUGCGUACCGGGACCAACGUUGCCACUCGCCAUGGGCAGCGCUCUACAUCUGGGCUAUCUUGCAGAACCGCAGUGAGAUGGCUGUUUAUUUCUGGGAAAUGGCUGGCGAGUCGGUCAUGUGUGCCCUCGGUGGUUGCAAGCUACUGAGGGAACUUUCUCAUUUGGAGAGUGAGAAUGAGAGCAAAGCGGCCAUGAAAGAGCUGGCACAGAAGUUUGAGGAUCUUGCACACGAUGUAUUUGGAGAAUGUUACCAGAGCAGCGAGAGGCGCUCCUUCACCCUCCUGAUAAGAAAGUCUCCAGUGUGGGUUGGAGCGACGUGUCUGCAGAUGGCAACUGCGGCUGAUGCUCGCCUGUUCUUCAGCCAUGACGGCGUUCAGUCGUUGCUGUCCCAGAUCUGGUGGGGCAGCAUGGACAGAACUACCGAGGCGUGGAAGCUGGUGAUCGCCUUCUUCAUGCCCCCUCUCAUCUUCAUAGAUUUUAUCAGCUUCAGGCAGCAGGAAGACGAGGAUAAUCCGGUAGUUGUCCAGGUCAACCUCAAAGACGCUGACAUUCUGGAGGACAAUGAUGGCGUAGUCUUCCCCCUUGCUGAUAUUGUACACAAGGAUGAAGAGGCGGAUGAGUCCCAGGCUCUAAAAGAAAACCUAACAUCCUCUUCAACAUCCGACAUCAGGACACCACCGUUCAUUGUGACGCGGUGGAGACAGUUUUGCGGCGCCCCCGUCACCACCUUCCUGGGCAACGUGCUGAUGUACUUCCUGUUUCUCUGCCUUUUCGCCUACAUCCUGUUGGUGGAUUUCAAGCCCCCACCUCCAAAAGGCCCUUCUUCCCUGGAAUUUGUGCUUUACUUUUGGGUUUUUACAUUAGUUUGUGAAGAAAUCCGACAGAUCUUUUUUGUGUCCAGCAACUUUAUGCUCCAGGGGAUGAAGAGUUACAUCAAAGAUAUUUGGAACCAGUGUGACGUCACAGCCAUCACAAUCUUCAUUUGUGCUCUUGGCUGCAGAAUGUUCCCGCAGUCGUUCAAGUUCGGCCGAGCGCUGAUGGCAAUCGAUUUCAUGGUCUUCACGCUGCGUCUGAUCCACAUCUUUGCCGCCCACAAGCAACUCGGGCCAAAGAUUAUUAUCGUUGGCAAAAUGAUGAAAGACAUUUUCUUCUUCCUCUUUUUCCUGACUGUGUGGGUCAUCGCCUACGGAGUAGCCAACCAGGCGCUCCUCUAUUCAUACGAUCCACGUCCCAACUGGAUAUUUCGCCGGGUCUUCUACAGACCCUACCUGUAUAUAUUCGGACUCAUUGACGUACAAGAAGUGGAUGCUGAUUUGAUCGGGGACAAGAGUUGUACCAACAAUGUGACGCUAAUCGAAGCGGGACACGAGCCUUGCACAAACGCCGACGUCAACUGGCUGGUUAUCGUCCUUCUGGUCAUCUAUCUGCUGGUUACCAACAUACUGCUAAUCAAUCUCCUCAUCGCCAUGUUCAGUUUCACCUUCAACGAAGUUCAGGAGCGCAGUGACAUCUACUGGAAAUUCCAACGUUACAACUUGAUCGUGGAAUACCACUCCAGGCCUUCCAUGGCGCCGCCAUUCAUCAUCAUUUCACAUAUUAUUCUUUUCAUCAAGAGAAUCGUCCGCCAUAUACCCUCGGAAAAGACAAAACACUUUGUUUUGGAUUUGCCGGACAUCAAAGCCAGCCAGAUCAACAUGUGGGAGGCGAUCCAGAAAGAAAACCUCCUCUCAGCUGAGAAUAAGCGGCAUCGAGAUAGUGACACGGAACGCCUCAAGCGUACAUCUUUCAAGGUGGACAAUGUGCUGAAGAAAAUGAACGCACAUCAUGACCACGACCAACGUUUGCAGCUCCUGGAGACAGAGAUGGAGUACUGCUGCAACUCCCUCUCCUGGAUGAUGGAGGCCAUGUCUCAGAGUAACAUCAUCAAAGCCAACCGCUCCCCUCCAGUCUUAAGAGACCUGUCUCCAAGCUGAACUUCCUAAACUCUCCUCACAGAGACAUGUGUGAGCACACACACACACACACACACACACACACACACACACACACACACACACACAAUCUUGUAUUUUUUACCUUCUUGAGACCGCCGAAAAAGGCCUACCUCUUUAGGAACAACCUUUCUAGAUUUAUAAAGAUUUUUAUUUACAAUAUUACUAAUAUAUACAUACUAUGCAAAUAUAAAAACGUAAGUUUUUAGUUGAAUUUUUUUUAUUUGAUUAUUUUUUGUUUGUAAUUGGUUUUUAAACUUCAUUUUUUGAUAGGUUGAUUGGCAACAGUAAAUUGGCCCUAGUGUGUGAAUGUGAGUGUGAAUGUUGUCUGUCUAUCUGUGUUGGCCCUGCGAUGAGGUGGCGACUUGUCCAGGGUGUACGCCGCCUUCCGCUUGAUUGUAGCUGAGAUGGGCACCAGCGCCCCCCGCGACCGUAAAGGGAAUAAGCGGUAGAAAAUGGAUGGAUGGAUAUUUACUUCAAUUUAUUACAGUAUGUCGCUAUAUACUGUACAUAUUUAUUUAUUUUUCUAAAUACAUUUUGACCAAAGGGGGUGCAUUUCAAUUUCUGACACACACUUGUUAUUACAUAUGAUGGCCAGAGGGGGGGGGCCACUUCAGAUUUUUACACACACUUGUUAUUUCAUAUAUUGACCAUGCACUUUUAAAAACCGACAGUCAAUUUGAAAAAUCCCACCUUUUUGGGACCACCCUAAUUUUGAUAGAUUUCAUCACCAUUCUCUAAUAGAUGCAAUGGUUUUCUGUAUUGGAACCAUGAUUUCGGUCCUAACUUGUUCACCAGUCCUCAUAUCGAAGGUACUUUUCCUUGUUGAUGUCUCAAGAAGGGUGGAAAUACAACUGCACACACACACACACACACACACACACAGUGUACUCAAGAGUCAAGUAUGAUUUAAAUUGCUCUUUAAGUUGGGUUGAUGUUGACAUGCAACAAUGUGUUCAACAUAAAAUGUUUGAGUUAAAAUUGUAUUUCCCUAAUUGUGUUCAUGGUUUUGUUUAUUUGUUAUUAUUUCCUGUUUCCGCCUGCAUUUCCUGUCCGUCUUUUGUUUCCUCAUAAGAUGCCUCAACUGACAACCUUAAUUUGGAUCUGUGACGGACCUCCUAACUCAAAACACUCAAGUUAACCAUGAAAUGAAUUUAAUUGGGGCUUGUUCCCCCCAAAACAGCACAAUUUUAACACGCAACAUGCCAUACAUUUAGAUAAGAAUUAUGGAAAUAAUUACACUAUUUUUUGAAGUCUUAUAAUAAUAAUAAUAAUAUUGUACAGCAUUUACCUUGAGGAGCACACUUCUACAGUAUCUACUUUAAGCUGCUUCUCCGUCAAACACGCCAUCAGCAACAUUUCUGUAUUUUCAGGGAUAAAUGUAUUAUCUAAACAUUCAUGGCUGGCAUUAGACUCAUUCUGCUUCAGUAUGGUGAAUGCUUGUCCAAGUGGCGACCCGCUUAGUCAUAUUUUUAAUGAUUUCAUUUGCUCUGCUUAGCUUGUCAACCAAAGAAUGUAAUUUUUGCACAUGCUGCCUAAGUCUCUGCAUCCCGGGGUCCAAACCGAAACCAAUCAUUGCUUUUGCCGAUAACACUGUUGUUCUUGAUGAGAAGAUUUUUGAGAAAAUGUUGUGAGAGAUGAUUUCAAAUAAACUGUGUAAAACAUCAA